UACACGCGAAUACGUUUGUUCAUAAAGACGCAUGUGUUAAUUCAACACCUAGGAAAACGCAUUUGAGUACUGAACUCGAGUUGUGUGUACAGUAUAAAAAUAAAUAAUGUCAGAAACAUCUGUCUCAAAUGAGUUAAACAACAAUCACACCCGUGAGAAAACAGAUGAAGUGUCCGCUGAAGCGUUUAAGGAGCGAGAUGACGGGCGCGCGAGCAUCUCUGAAGAGUCUCUGCACACUAAACAAACAGCGUCAUGUAAGGAGAACGAGACGUCAAACCCCGACGCAUCUAAAAACAGCAACUCGGAUUCAGCUUCUCAAGAGCAACCGCAACAAAAAGAAGCAAACCAGCCUGUGACUUCCACUAGUCUAUCAGUUUCAUCCGAACCUGCUCCUAAGAUCAUAGCUGGCACUGCACAAGUCAGAUCCACCACACCAGUGUUGGUCGGUGCCAGGGUUGUGACUGCUACAUCCGGUGUGCAGGGAUCAGGGGCCACCAGUUUGGCACUGGUUCCUCAACCUGCAAAGGUGGCAAUGAACCAGCCCAGGGUCACCACUCUGACACCAGGCGUGACAUUGUCGAGGAUUUCAACCCCGUCGCAAAAUCUGACGGUGACGCGUACCCCCGCGCCAUUGCAGCUGCCUGCCAACUUCCAAGUCCCGCAGGGAAUGGUGUUAAUCCGCAGUGACAGUGGGCAGUUGAUGUUGGUAUCUCAGCAGGCUUUGGCCCAAGCGCAGGCUCAAGGAAUGCUGCCAAAACCACCUAAUGCUUCGGCUAUAGUUAGACCUUUAUCUACCCAGGCAACUGCUACACCCAUCAUCCGAGUAUCUCUCCCCCCUUCAACCACUACCAACUUCAAACCUAACCCAACAACUGUAACUGUUCAGAAACCAAGGGCUACAGGGACCGUUAUAUUCACACCAUCCAGUUCGACAGGAACAACCAUCAUUAAACCAGGCAGUGUUAUAGGAACCGCGGUCAAAAAGCUCAACUCCACCGUGGGGACCGUUAUCAAAGGCAGUCAAAUGACUCCAAACAUCAGCACAGCGGGGACCUUUAACCAGAGGAGUAAUUCUGUCAGCGCAGCAACUGUAAUUAAUUCCCCUGCUGUAAAGUCUACGGGAAAAGGCGCUCCUGGUCAGGUUAAUGCCCCACGUAUGGUUUGUCCUAACAUACAAGCCAAAUCCAACACAAACACAUCCUCAACCCCGGUCACUGUUACAGCGGACACCCUGGAGAACGUGAAGAAGUGUAAGAACUUCCUGGUCACCCUUAUGAAGCUAGCGUCAAGUGGCACUCGGUCAGCCGACAUGGCUCAAAACGUCAAAGCGCUUGUCAAAGGCCUGCUGGAUGGGAAGCUAGAGGCGGAAGAGUUUACUGAAAAACUCUACAUGGAGCUCAAAUCUUCCCCUCAGCCAUAUCUGGUGCCAUUCCUGAAGAGAAGCCUGCCAGCUGUGCGUCAACUCACCCCAAACUCGCAGCUUUUCAUUCAGCAGUGUGAACAAAUCAAACCCUCAGAUUCAACCAACAGUGUAACCCAGAAGCCCCCCGCCACUGUCAGCUCCUCCCUCAAAUCCACACAACCAACCAGAACUGCUCAGCUGCUGGUUCACCAACCCAAAGGAGUAAUCGUCAAGCAUUCUGUGACAUCAUCACCACAGGUGGUCCUGCCUGCUCAGACCCAGUCUCAACCCAAACAGCUGGUCAUUCAAACCAAAACUCAUCCAAAAGGUUCUGUUGUGCGGCCUUUCCUUCAGGUGUCUAAAACGCACUUUCCUCAGCCGGCCCUUGCAGCACAGACGCACGGCUUCAAGGACAGCACCCCGGGCUCUUUCCGAGAUGACGACGACAUUAAUGAUGUGGCGUCCAUGGCAGGAGUGAAUGUGAGUGAGGAGAACGCUCGUAUAUUGGCCUCUGGCUCUGAGCUCGUGGGAUCAGUGAUCCGCUCCUGUCAAGAGGAGCCCUUUUUAUUCCCAUCAGCCCUCCAGACACGAGUGCUGCACAUCGGUGGUUCUCUGGGUAUCACAGAGGUAUGUCCUGAUGUUCUUGAAAUGCUCUCUCUGGCAACACAAAAGAGAUUAAGAGACCUGCUGGAGAAGCUCACUGCUGUGGCACAACAUCGCCAGAUCUCCUAUAAGGAUGAUUGGCGGUACAGUCAGACCAGUGACACGCGCUCUCAGCUAAAGUUUCUGGAGCAGCUGGAAAGACUGGAGAAACAGAGACAAGAGGAAGAAGAGCGAGAAGCGUUGCUCCGCAUCGCCCGGAGUCGCUCAAACAAUGAAGACCCUGAUCGACUGCGUCUGAAACAGAGAGCGAAAGAGAUGCAGCAGUUUGAGUUGGCACAGAUGGAGCACAGAGAUGCCAAUUUGGCAGCGCUGGCAGCCCUGGGGCCCCGUAAGAGGAAACCUCUGGAGGCACCCGGUCCAGGGACCAACCAGUUGUUAGGUCCAUAUGGGCAGUUUUCGAUUCAGAGACCACCAAUACGAGUCACUUUGAGAGAUCUGAUUUUCUGCAUGGAGCAAGACCCAACACUCAGACACUCUCUCAUGAUAUAUAAAACAUAUUUACAAUAGAGACACAGUUACACCUUUGACGUAUAUCUUCAGAUGUGUUCAGUUGUAUGUCUUUACCAAAAUAGCAAAAAUAAUUGAUUUGAUGUUGAAUCGAUGUAAAUUUGGUUGAUGCAACAUUAAACCAAUUAUUUGCUAUCUGAAUGCGUCAAAGCGAUGAAAUGCAUAUAAAACAGUAUUAUUUUUGUUUGUGUAAGUUUUGUCUCAUCGUUGUGCUGACUUCUAAAAUUAUUGUCAUGUUGAAUGUACAUUAAGAUUGUAUCCGCUUUGUAAGGAAUCACAGAAGAUUAAACACUUAACAGCAGCAGCUUUUGUGUCUCUUUGUUUCAUACCACUGUGUGUUCGUUCAUUGCUUCUCAGAUUGACUAAGAAAUUGCUUUCACUACCUAGCCGACACAACCAUGUUUGAAAUGUUGUAACAGACUGACUGAUAUUGCAUUUUCAAAGUCAAUCGAGGGUUGUACAGAGGUCUGUAAGAGCUCCAGGGCAGUUCGUGCCCUUACUUAGGCCAAACCAAUCGCAACAAAACACUGCCUCGGGGACUACAGCUAACCAAUCACACUAUACUGCCAUAGGCGUUAAAAUCAACCAACUACUGCGGGACAAAUGCAUAGAGACCAGAAAUAACCAAUACGAGCAGGAUAAGCAAUUGUAGUCCAAAUCUGGAUAAAAAGCACCCUUAGAAUUUGAGUCCUGGCCAAUACAAAGUCAAUCAAAAAGUUUAUCUCUGAAAAAUCAAGAUUAGCGAACAGAGCAUCACUUUUUAACUUACUCUAAAUGAUUUAAGUUAAAGGCUAUCCAAUGUCACAGUUGCGCAGGGUUUACCUCCACGUCACUAUUUCCCUCAAACAUCUUUGCAUUUUUAAAUUGAAUGUUCUUCAAAAAGAGCCCCUUUAAUGCAUGCCUUGCCCCAACCUCAGAAACUUAAAUACUCUGUGUGCCUGCCCGAGGUACAGGAUUCCGAAAUAUUCCAUUACCUCUGAAUAAUCAUGAAUGAGUUGCUGGGAGCUAAAUAUUGAUACGCCCGCAGCGUUCACACUCCCCGGUGUGUGCGCAUGCUAUUGAGCGGUAUGCCAAUACACGCUCGCAAUACAAAAUCAGAAAUUCAAGCACAACGAUGAAACAAAUUGUGUUCUUUCGCAACAACAAAAAAGGACGCAGCUCACAUACAUUAAAACAAAACAAGGUUCACCAAUCAGUCUUUUCAUCAAGGACGUUUCACGACCCUUCGUGUCGACUAAUGGAUGAACACUUCGUGCACGAUGGACUCCAUGAGAAGCAGCUGAAAUCGUUCCAGACUGCAACUCUUCCAUUCAAUGAAUUAUUGAUCGUAUCAUCAGCCGCACGCGCUGUUAACCGCCACACAUCAAAGGCGCAGAGACAGAACAUGUGCGCAGUCUAGUGUUUCCGUUCUUCUGACGGCGCGUCAAAUGGAGGAAGACAGAGGUAAUUUUCCCGGUGAUGAUUAUGCAUGAGCAGUCUCAUAAAAACAAAGAUGUUUUUAAUGUUAU